CACAAUCACAUUCUUUAUUAUUUUAUUUCGUGUGCUUAGCAGAGUAAAAGCUAUUUGUGAAGAAGCAAAAGUUCUUUUCCGCAAUGAUGACGUGCUCGUUCUCCAACGCAUCGGGUAUCGCCGGCGAUCACCCUCAUCGGCGCUGGCAAUAAUCUCGCUUCCACGUCCCCAUUGGCACCUUCUUGAAACGGCAAGAGUCUCUUCCCGUCGUUUACGUCCUCCCUCGUUCCCGGUCGUUUCCGCGUUUGGUUGAAUUCCCCAAUUCUCCCCGUUGACGGAAAAAUCGAACCCCUCGGAAUCGCUGAAAGUAAAGGAUCAGACACGCCACACUUUUUGGAUCCCAGUAAUAUAAAUGCCACUUCAACCCUCGCACUUCAAUAUUUUAUUUUAUUUCCAUUUUUUCAGAAUUGGAAAGCUUUUCAAUGGGUAUGAAGGAGAAUGAGGAGCGUGGCAAGGCGUCGAAGAAGGCGUUGCCGGCGACGAUGGAUCACGUGUUGCUGGCAUUGCAGGAAACGAAGGAAGAGAGAGAAACGAGAAUUCGAAGCCUCUUCGGUUUCUUCGAUAAGGAGAAUCGAGGUUACUUGGAUUACGUGCACAUUCAGGAAGGUCUCUCGGCGCUUCAGAUUCCGUCAGAGUAUAAGUACGCGAAGGAUUUGUUGAACGCUUGUGAUGCAAACAAGGAUGGAAGAGUGGAUUACCAAGAGUUCAAGAGGUACAUGGAUGACAAGGAGCUCGAGCUUUAUCGCAUAUUUCAGGCCAUUGAUGUUGCGCAUAAUGGAUGCAUUUUGCCGGAGGAGCUAUGGGAGGCACUAGUGAGAGCAGGGAUUAAGAUUGAUGAUGAAGAACUUGCUCGUUUUGUUGAGCGUGUUGAUAAGGAUAAUAAUGGUGUUAUAACAUUUGAAGAAUGGAGGGAUUUUCUGCUGCUUUACCCUCAUGAGGCAACCAUUGAGAACAUUUACCAUUAUUUGGAGCGGAUAUGCAUGGUUGAUAUUGGGGAGCAAACUGUUAUUCCGGCUGGCAUUAGCAAGCACAUUCAUGCAAGCAGUUAUCUGAUUGCAGGAGGAGUAGCAGGUGCAACAUCACGCACAGCAACUGCACCCCUUGACCGUUUAAAGGUUGUCUUGCAAGUCCAAACAGCACGAGCUCAUAUAAUGCCUGCAGUAAAAGAUAUAUGGAAAGAAGGUGGUCUUUUAGGAUUUUUUCGAGGCAAUGGCUUAAAUGUUCUCAAGGUGGCCCCAGAGAGUGCCAUUAAAUUUUAUACCUUUGAGAUGCUGAAGACUUUCAUUGGGAAUGCUAAAGGAGAAGAGGGAAAGGCUGAUAUAGGAGCAAUGGGGCGGCUGCUAGCCGGUGGUAUUGCUGGUGCUGUAGCUCAAACUGCAAUAUAUCCCAUGGACCUAGUUAAAACACGACUACAAACCUAUGCUUGUGACAGUGGAAGAAUUCCUAAUCUUGGAACUCUUUCAAAAGAUAUAUGGGUUAAAGAAGGACCCCGGGCAUUUUAUAGGGGACUGAUCCCUUCUCUUCUUGGGAUUAUCCCAUAUGCUGGGAUAGAUCUUGCUGCAUAUGAGACCUUGAAGGAUGUGUCCAAGAAGUAUAUUCUUCAUGAUUCAGAACCUGGCCCUCUAGUACAAUUAGGAUGUGGAACUGUAUCUGGAGCUCUUGGAGCAACAUGUGUUUACCCGUUGCAGGUGGUUAGAACAAGAAUGCAGGCUCAACGCUUCUAUAAAGGAAUGGCUGAUGUAUUCAGGAAAACCAUGGAACAUGAAGGCUUUAGGGGAUUUUACAAAGGAAUAUUUCCUAACAUGCUCAAAGUUGUACCUUCGGCAAGUAUCACUUACGUGGUUUAUGAGUAUAUGAAAAAAGGUUUGGAUUUGAAAUGAAGAAAUUUACCGCUGGAGUUGAUAGUUAAUCUUAUUGACAUAGCUGACCACGCAACUUUUGGGGGAAUGGUUUUGCAAUGAAGACAAUGAUGAAAAGAAUAAAGUCUACAAUUGAUUUUUGUGACAACUGUCUAAAUUCAUUCUUAUAUAAAUAGCAUUAAAUUCUUCGAAAUUCUUGGGGAGGACAAAAUUGGUUUGUCCUUGGUGCUUCAUUGAACUAAUAUGAGGCUUCAUAUCCAUUAGUAGAAUUUGUUGUAUGAUAGAGAAGCAUGCGAAACUCAGUUAGGAUCCGAUUUUUGUAGUUGUAAUUUGUAAUAUUUAGUGGCUCAGGUUGAUUAUCUUGUCCCUCUUAAAAUUAAUACUUACAUUUGUUCAAUUUUACUUGCCCCCUUUAUAU